AACCUAAAAAUAUGACACAAUUAAUAAAAUAAAAUUUGUUUUCGUAAGCAUCUUACAAUUAUCAUUGAUUUAUCAACGAAAUUAAAUUUUAAGGUAAAAAUUGUGUAAUGUGUAAUGCAUACGCGUGUUUUUACGCAUCAUUAGUGGGGUGGUAGAAUGUUAUAUUAUGUUAUAUAAUGUUAUAUUAUAAUGCCUUUGCAGCAGGCACAUGGAGGGAAAAAAAGAGAAAAAAUUUUAGUGAAGAGAACCACCCGAUAUUCUUAAGCAUCUGCCACGCGUCGAUGAGCGGAGUCAACACUGAAGAAAGAGAGUACCAACCUUCCCUGGAAGGAACAUUCCUCCUUAUAUAAGAAUAGUCUUCACCCGAAGGCGUCAGUGCAAAAACAAACGUUAAUGAAGUAGGAAUCUCUUAGAGUUCGGAAAUGUCUCUCAUAAAUGUCAAGAGCUUAACUCCCGGCAGUUAUGAAAUGAGCUAAUAAAGACAUGCAUCAUGGAUUACAAGGAGAUGAAGAAACUCGAAGAGGAAUUGCUACAGCAAUUGACGGAAGGUUCAGGACCUACUGACCUAUGUUUAUGCUCCGUAUUGGGGCCAAGAGAUGAUGAGAGAGCUAGUUUAAAGAGCAGCUUGAAGAAGGCAUUCGGUUUCGGUUCUCGCGAUAAAGCCAAAGGAAAUACAGGAAAGGAUAUUGAAUCAUCUUUGUCUUCUUCCAGCGCACGUGGAAAAGGCUUCAAAGUUACAAGAGAGGCAGUUAAACGUUCAAAAGAAUGUGGUAAAUGCGGGUGUGACGAGAAAAACAUAGUUUUGAGACACUCCGAAGCGAACAUCAGGAUCGUGACCCCGGACAUCUCAACGCUAUGCCCUUGUUCCUCGAACUGUUUACCCGGAAAAGAAAAAAUGAGAGACAACAUCAGAGUCAUAAUCGAACCAGUCCAAAUCGAAUUGGAUCAGAGCACGUAUAGCCGUCAUCCAAACGAAGAUAAUUCGAUCAUAAAUCAAUCAAGCUUAGAACGAUUUAAUAUUUCCGAUCACUAGUCACGAAGUUCAUCUCUAUUACUUCUAAUAAAAAAGGUUUAAAUUGA